AUGGCCAGUAAUGGGGGGACCCUGCACGGCCUUCCCCAGAGUGUCGCGCAGCAGCAGCAGCAGCACAUCUGCGGCCAGUGCGGCCUUUACUUCGAGAGUGGAUCCUCGUUGCAGGUGCAUCACAUGCACUACCACCAGCAUGACAGCAGCAUGAACCGGUGGGACACGCAGCAGGCGGUGGUCAGCACAACGAUAGCAACGUCCGCCGUGGCCACGACGACGACGGCGGCCGGUGCCGCCACCACGAACGGGCCCUCGUCCACCACCACGCCGACCUCGUCCGACACGGAGAAUAAUAAUCAGCCGUCGGCGCCGACGCAAGGACCUUCCCCGGCCGGUGGCCUUAAGCCCUCGGUGGCCGCGUCCCCGCCACAGCAGCAUACGACGAUCGCGGCAGCGGCCGACUCUAGCGACAACCAGCCGCCGACCCCGCAGCCCCAGGGCGCCCUCACGGAGCCCGGCACGCCGCAGAGCUACGGCGGAGGAGCGUCUCCUUACCACGCGCAACAACAACAGCAACAGCAGCAGCAGCAAUUGGGAGUGAAUCCGACCGGACUUGGCGGCGAGAUGCACUACCCUACGUACAUCCACCCGGGGUACGACCCGGGCAGCUACUACGGGGCCGGAGGUGCCGCCGGUCUUGACUAUGGAGGCGGUGGCGCCGUGCUGGGAGCGUCGCUGCAGUCCGCGGACUACAAGUCCGCAUCGUCCCUUCGCUACCACCCCUACGGCGGUGGUGCGGGGAGCAACGGCGGUUCGGAUGGUGGGUCGACGGCGGCAGGACUCAGCCCGCACGUGGUAAGUUCCUCGAACGGGGUGCAGAGUGCAGGAGCAGGCAACGGGACGCCGGUGGCCAGCACCACCUCCGCCAGCAGUUCGCAGUCACCACCGAACGGAAAUACGGGCGGUGGCGGAGCCCACAUCCCACCGACACCGUCCCCAUCGCCGAUCCAGUGCGAAAAGUGUGGGUUGGUGUGUGAGUCGGACGAAGCGCUUCACCAGCACGAGAGCACCGUCCACUCGCCCGGCGAAGGGCAGACGGCGGGCCAGGACCCGCGCCAGACCGACCAGGACAUGCAGCAGGCUGGUGGCGGCGGUGGGUGCUACCCUUACGGUGGGAACGGUCCUGGGACACCUCAGUUCCCGAAGGAGGAACCACCCGCCUCGGACAUCCUCGAUCUCGACUCGCAGAAGAUGGUCUACACGCCGACGGCGGACGGUGGCGGUCUGUCGCUACCCCCCAUGAACUCCCUGCACCCGCUGCAGUCGAUGCAGCGGCACCACCCGAUGAUGUGGCCACAUCACGACCCGCACAGCUUCAUGGGUCCACCUCCGCCACCGCCCGAGAUGAAGCACUCGGCGGCUGCGGCGGCCGCAGCUGCCGCCGCCUACUACCACCACCCGAUCAAGUCCGAGUACUCGGCGACGCCAACCAUCAAGUCGGAGUACCUCGGCGGUGGCCAGUACGUCGGCGGCGGCGGCGUCGGAACCGGCCCGGUGGUGGUGGUGAAGAACGAGUACAACCUGGCGCCGACGCUGCCGCCGCCCGUUGCCGUUGCUCCGCAGCCGACGAACCCAGGGCAGGGGAUGAAGCAGUACGCGGACGAGAUGCACGACAAUCAGCUGGCAACCAGCCCGUCCGACUUCCCGAGCACCACGACGCCGCAGGAGAGCGGCUCCCAGUACCGGACGUUUGAGCCGGCGACCUCCUCGCUGCCAGGACCGGGCCCCGGCCCGACCAAGGGCACGGCCUGGAAGUCGAACGAGGCGCGCCGCCCCAAGACCUACAACUGCACCGCCUGCAACAAGUGGUUCACCAGCUCCGGUCACCUGAAGCGUCACUACAACACGACGCUCCACAAGAACGCGGUUAAGUCGAGUGGCCAGCCGGAUCCGGCUACUCUGCCGAUCAGUGUGCACCAUCACCCGGGCCGCGAUCCGAACUACGCCAGCAAGAGCCGCCGCGGUGCCGCCGGAGCGACCGGUGGCACUGGGGGCGGUGGCGGCGGAGGUGGGUCGCAGCAGCCGCUCCAGCAACCGGUACCGCCACCUGAUCCUCCGCGGAGUCCGGAGUACGGGGCUGGGGCUCCCGGGUCCCAGCAUCAGUACGGGAUGGGAGGGCCGCAGUCGGGGUUCGGCGCGGCGGCGGGCACGCCGCCGCACUCCGGCGGCCAGGUGGUGGUGGUCAGCUCGAACCAGUCACCGGGGGGGUUUCACCACCAUCCGCACCACCAUUCCCACCAUCACCACCAUCACCCGUACGCGGGAAGCAACGGCACGGCGGGCAGCGCUGCCGCCGGCCAGUCGCAGCACCACGGCAGCAGCACCAGCGCCAGCAGCUCCACUUCUUCAGCGGUUCCCCCAAACGGGGUAGCAGGUCCCUCCGUCCAAGUCUCCCAACCGAGGGGCCUGCAGAUCUACUCGAACAACAACAACAGCAACAGCAACACGGGGCCGCUGUCGGGAACGGCGGAGUCAACGGCGGCGGAGGAGCCGGUCACCCAUACCAUUAUCACCAUCCUCACGCCCACCACCCCGCAGCCCACCUCCACCACCACCAGCAGCACCACCACCAUCCCGGGCUGCACCCCGGGCACCCGCACGCCGCAGCCGCCGCCGCUGCCGCCGCCGCAGCCGCAGCCGCCGCACACCACCAGUUCAACGGAGGGCUACCACCCCCUCCACCCCAUACAGCCGCCGCCGCCGCCGCAGCUCACAACGCAGCCGCCGCCCACCACCUGCAGUCCUUUAACUAUCAGCACCAGCAUUCCAUCCUUCCAAACCAUCCUGCCGGAGGCGCCGAGCUAUCACCCUACUAUUGGUAACGUGGCCGGCUUCGCGUCCUACCACUCGCACCAGCCGUUCCUGUACCAGCCGCUGGAUCACCACCAACCGCAGCUACAGGGAGACGUACAGCAGCAGCAGCAUUGGUUGGGCGAUGGCGGCGAGGCACUGAUCGAGUCGACGAGCAGCGUCGUCACGACGGCGGUGGCGGCGUUGGGGUUUCCACGGUGUGCGGGGGGCGCCGAGAUGUACCAGGGCGAUACGGCGCCCCCCUUUUCACCGAACGUACCGGACCAGUACCAGCGUCCCAGUAGCCAGGGCAUGAUGACGACCCUUCUGGACGACCAGCCCAAGUACGGGGACUUCCAGCAGCAGCAGCAGCAGCACCACUACCUGCAGCAGCAGCAGCAGCUACAGCGUGUGGCCACUCCGCAGCACGCGGCCACGGCGCCCCCGAUCUCGCCUGCCCCCUGCUCGCCGAGCGUCACCUCGACGGCCGGCGGUAAGCAAUCGGUGGCCGCUGGCAAUGGCGGCGGCAAUGGCACAGGAAGUCCACCGUCGUCGACGGAGGUGCACCGGUGCGAGGAGUGUGACAAGGUGUUCAACAAGGCGUGCUACCUGACCCAGCACAACAAAACGUUCCACUCGGGCGACAAGCCGUACAAGUGCCACCGGUGCGGCAAGCGGUUCCCCUGCAACGACUCGUACGAGGAGCACCUGGCCAAGCACGGCGGCGAGAAGCCGUUCAAGUGCGACCAGUGCCCGAAGCAGUUCAACCACAAGACCGACCUGCGGCGCCACAUGUGCCUGCACAGCGGCACCAAGCCGUACGCCUGCGAGCAGUGCGGCAAGGGCUUCAUCCGCAAGGACCACAUGCUGAAGCACUCGGAAACACACCGCCGGAGCAGCGGGGCUGCCGGCGGCGCCGGCGGACAUGGCCACCGGCGCACCAAGGCUGGCCCGGGGCUAGCCGGUCCGCUCAAGGACCUGAAGUUCCAGCAUCAUCUCCAGCAGCAGCAAGCGCCGGGACUGGACGAAUGA